UAAGAGAAAUAUUGAAAGAAAUUCUAUCAAUGCCAUUUAUGCAAAAUGUGAAGACAAUUGUGGGCCCUCACGAUUUGGACUUUAAAAGAAAUUGCCAAGAAAUGUCGUUAAACGUUUUUUACAAGCCUGGAUGGUAUCAUUUUCGACAGAUCAUGAAAGAGACUUUCAUCGAGAAUGAAUUUAAUUCGGACUCUGAUGAAAUUUUAACGGCAAGUUAUGUCAUUCCAUUAGUUCCAACCCAAAAUCUUUUUGAUGCUCAAGGAGAGUUUAUUAGCUGUACCGAAAAAUCGAAUGCGUACAGUAAAUUCUCUAACGACGUCAUAAAAAUAGUUUCUAAAAUUGGAUCUGAAAUAUGUAUUGUUUCUGACAAUGUGGUUACACACAAUAAUAUUUUUGAAAUCGCUGGAAAACAAUUUGAUUUAGUAAAAAAGAGCAAGUCUCCAGGACAAUUAAUCGAAACUCUUAACGACUUGAUGACGGAGCGACAAAAAACAAAAGUUAAAUCAGAAUUUUCUAAAAUAAUUGAAGAUACUAUUCACAAAUUACAGAACGUUCCGAGAUUGACCGUAAAAGCAGCAUUUAAACUUAUGCACGAUCAAGUUAAGAAAAGUUUUAAAUACACAAAACUGCCACCGAUGGUCAAACUUCGAAAGUUUAACUUUGAAUUGACAUCUGAAGACAACAACGGAGUAGAGUCUUGUGAAAAACGUAUGGACGAAUUAAAUGAACAAGAACUUGAUGUAGAGUUGACGGAAGUUUUAAUAUUUACACCAGAAUCCAAUGCCACAAGUGAUCUUCUGGACGAAGGGUAUAACUUUUCCUCGGAUGCAGGCAUGGAGAAUUUGCUUAGUGAAUUACUUAGCACCGAAUUUAAUCAGGUUUCAAAGCAGAUGCAUCAACAAAAGGAUGAAAAUCAGUUAAGUAAUCUGAAUGAUGAAAUACUAAAAAAUAAUCAUGAAGACUUAGCAAAAAGUGAAUUUAUCAUUAAGAUUGAUCAGAUGAGUCAAACUGAAUCGCUGAUUGUUGAAAAUGAUGGAAAUAACUGUAAAGAAAUGAAGGAUCAAGCACCGCAAACCGAAAGUCUAUUAAUUACAGUAGAUAAAGGGACUCAAACUGAGGAUAUUGUUGACAUGGGUAGUAGACAGGAUCUACAUAGACAGAAUUUUCGAGGGCCACAUCCCUACUACAGAUUCCACCCAUAUCCACAAAUUCCACAUCCACAACAAGCAGGAGAUUGGACAGCUCCGAUUAGACAAUUUGGAUAUUCUAGAGAUUUAUAG